GUAUCAUGAGGAAUUCAAGUGGAACACUGAGGACUUCAACUUCCCUUUGGAGGGCCUCACCUUCUUGGGAGUCAUCUCUCUGGUGGACCCGCCGAGGUCGGGCGUGCCACAAGCAGUUGCCAAAUGCCAUGGGGCUGGCAUUCAGGUUAUUAUGGUCACAGGAGAUCAGCCGGCCACAGCGAAAGCCAUCGCUAAGCAGGUUGGUAUUAUUAAAUCUAAGACGGCCGAUGAAAUUGCGGCGGAGCGAAACUGUGACAUCAAGGACGUGCCUCUGGAAGAUGUCAAUGCUGUCGUCAUUCAUGGCGAUCAGUUGAAGGGGAUGACGGACGAGGAUUUGAAGUUCGUGUUGUCACACUACAGGGACAUUGUUUUCGCGAGGACAACACCGACCCAGAAGCUCAGAAUCGCCGAGACUCAGAAGGAGCUCGGAAAGGUGACGGCCAUGACCGGCGAUGGCGUGAAUGAUGCCCCUGCACUGAAAGCGGCGAAUAUUGGCGUUGCUAUGGGUAUCGCAGGAACGCAGGUGGCCAUGCAAGCCGCUGACAUGAUUCUGGCUAAUGACGACUUUUCAUCGAUCGUUAAUGCUAUCGAAGAAGGAAGGCUCAUCUUUGACAAUCUGAAGAAGUCUAUCGCUUACACGCUCACGUCCAACAUUCCCGAGAUCACUCCUUUCCUGGCCUUCGUUAUCCUCCAAAUUCCUCUGCCUCUCUCGACUGUCCUCAUCCUGGCAGUCGAUCUGGGCACGGACAUUCUUCCUGCGAUCUCCUUCGCAUAUGAGACCGCUGAGCUCGACAUUAUGUGUAGGAAGCCUAGGGACCCGCAAAGGGACAGGCUUGUGACCAACAAGUUGGUCAUAUACUCUUACCUUAUCAUAUGGUAUAUGCAGGCAGCGGCGGGCUUCUACACCUACUUCCAGGUCAU